GCAGCAGUCAGAACGAAAUCAACCAUGACUGGAAGAACGAGGUGGAUAUUUUUUUUUCUUUUUUCCCUCACAAGGAGUGAUGAUGAACUUCGGUGGAACACCCCCCCAAAUUUAACAACUGGUGCUGCUGCAAAAGAAAGUCGAAAUAACGACGCUAUUCAACCCAGAUUUCUUCCUAUUUCUGCCAGUUUUUCUGUAGCAGCUGGUGGAAGUAAUGCCCAUUCGUUAAGUCUUAGUGGAAGUACAAGCAAAAAUGAUCAGCUAGUAGGAUAUGCAGGAUCUUCAGCUGAAGCCAAUGCCAACUAUCUUCAUAAUCAGCAUAAAAAUAAACAAUAUGGAAGACCAUAUUGGACUAAUAUUAGUCCAAACUAUGGACAUGGCGGUUUUGCUUCAUCAAAUCCAUAUCGACCAACCCUGGAAAUUGAUCAACGACCACAGGGCUGGUCACCACCCAAUCGGAGAAGACCCAGUCAACUGGAUAUCAGCAUCGGCGAUAGGUGGAAUAAACGAGUACCAGAAGUUCGUAUAAUCGAUAAUUGGCAAUACGAGUAUGGCAAUACACAAAUUGGAGGAAUCUGGAAUCCUUACAGUUGUUACAGAAGACCCUACAGAUUUCUAAACUCCAGAGAGGAAUACGAGUGGAACAGCAGAUGUUUUUUAGAUGAGCCCCCUUAUUGGUAUAAUCAGCAUUAUCAAAAACCUUCUCUUAAAAUUUCCGCAUCUUCUUCCAACUCUGGCGGUUUCUUGACUGAAUAAAUUAUUUUAAAUGAAAUUAAAAUGGUCACUUUAUUAUAAAGUGAAACUUCGAUAAUUCGAAGUGCUCCGGGAUCGGAAAAAAUUUCGAAUUAUCAAACAUAAGCGUAUAAACACGCAUAAUUCGUGUAUACAUUUAUUAUACGUCCAUGGAACGUAUUCUGGAUUUCUUUUAAACUACAUUCAAUGCAAGAAGUGUGAAAAUGUUUUUCUAGUUAAUAUUAUAAUGUCUAACAAAUCAUAAUUAAACGUGAAAUUGUGGAAAGGCUGAGAGGAAUCAUGGAAUGGGAGAAUGUGGUAAUAAGCAAUUUUGUUGAGGUCUGUUAUGUAGAAGUUUGAAAUUAAAAAUUAGUUAUCCAACGUAAAAAUAAUUUGGUGGCCCGAAAAAGGGCCGUUUUGUAUU